ACGUCACAGCGCGGGAAAACUAGCCGCGCGAAAAUUCUCUUACACUCAUUCGAGAAGACCUCAUCGAACAACAUGGCGUCAACUGAGAAACAAACACCUUCAAAUGUCGAGCAAGAGGCGAUCUCCGAUGAAACUUUUGACGAGGAAAUUGCGAAGUUGAUGGGCAAGGGGAAACGACAUUUCAUUUGCAGCGAAAUUCUUGACGCUGUCAAAUGCUUAGAAGAGGCGACAAAAAGACUAGAUAAGCGGUACGGCAAAACAAAUGAAGACAAAUGUGGCGAGGCCUACUUGUGGUAUGGAAAAGCACUUUUUGAACUUGCCAGGAUGGAAGGUGGCGUACUUGGAAAUGCCCUGCAAGAUGCUAUUGAUGAAAAGGGUGAUCAAAAUGGUGAAGAGAGUGAGAGCACGAAUGGGGCACCUUCUGACAAAAAGACUGACGAGCAAGAGGUUGAUUCCAAGGAAGAGAAAGAUGAACUCAUCGUUGGCCCCAAAAUCAGUGAAAUUCCAGAAGAGGAGAAAGAGCAAAUUGGCACAGAAGUGGUAGAAGCUAUGACUCGGGAAGCCUUUGAUAAAGCGAUGGAGGAAGACAAGAAGAAAGAUGCCAAAUCCGAUGAAAAACCCACUAAAGGAGAGUCAAGCAAAUCAGAAGAGAAACCAGCUGAUGACAAGAAGGCAUCAGAGGAGGCUGCCGGGGAUGAAAACAAGGACGAACUCAUGGAAGGAGAGGAAGAGGAGGAGGAAGAGGAGGAGGAAGAGGGUGACGAUGAUGAGGACAAGGCUGAUGAAGGUGCUGACGAAGCCAGCGAUAAGGAUGAACCCACAUAUAUGGAGCUUGCUUGGCAAGUCUUUGAAUUAGCACGUCUCAUUUUUGAAAAGAGAGAUAGCAAAGAAGGCAAGCUUUUACUUGCACAAUGCCAUCUCAAGCUUGGUGAGAUACAGAUGGAGCAAGAACAAUUUAUGCCUGCAAUUGACGACUUUCUUAAAUGCUUGGAUAUCCAAAAAGAGCAUUUGGAAGAGGACAACAGAUUACUGGCAGAAACGGCAUACAAUAUUGGCCUGUCAUUCUCCUUCCAAUCAAUGCAUGAUAAAGCGAAGAAAUACUACAGUCAAGCAUUAGAGGUUCUUGAAAAGAGGAUGAAUUGUUUGCAGAAGAGUAUUGAUGAAGCUGAUAGCAAGAGCAAGGGCAAGGGUAAAGCCGAUGAUGAGGACCCAACCGUGAAAAACAGGAAAGAGCUGGAGGAGCUACAAGACUUAUUCCCUGAGAUUAAAGCCAAGGUGGAUGAAGCCAGUGACCUCAUGACACAGACAAAACCAGAUGUUGCAUCAAUCAUGAGUAAUGGCGCAACAACAACUGUAGGAUUUGGUGCAUCGUCGUCAGACGCUCCAACUAAGGCCACUCUAAUUGCUAUCAAAAAGGCCCCCGUAGCCGCGACCGACAUUUCCCAUCUAGUUCACCGAAAUAAGAGGAAACAAGAAGAAGGUAACAUGGACACCGCGGCCGAGCCCAUCCCGGUGAAAAAACCACGACAGGAAAAUGAGGCUAACGGAACCGAACCGCACACCAACGGCCAGGAAAACAUGUCAGAACAAAAAACAACAGAAGCAAAAACAGAACCAGCUUGUGCGCAUUGAUCUCUGAAAAACCUAUUCGCUUGCCUAUUAUAUAAAACUGUCAUGCUUGGCACGGCACAAGCACCAUGUACGCCAUAUUUAUAAGAAUUCCAGAAACCCCCUUGUAUAGUAUAUGCAAGUCUGUCCGUUAGUUGCAUUCAAAAAUAAAAAGUGAAAAUAUAAAGCUACAUAAUAAAAGGAAUGUUAGUA